GGCAUAGCGAGUUUCUGACUCGAGGAGCAAGAGAGUCGACGACUGAAACCCAAAAAUAACUCAUCUUCAUCACUGUUGUCCGUCUCCGUGGAUCCAACAACAGAGGACUCGACAUCAUGAAGAGAUUCUCAACUUUUCAACUCUCAAAUCUCUUCUCCUCCACCGUGCCUUCGUUCACUGACCUUCACCCAGCAGUCUUCACCCACUGCCAUCGACCUUCACCGGCCAUCUGAGGGGUACCUUAAUGCCUUUGUUUCUUCUAUUUGUUGGUAAGCUCAUUGGUUUUCAAUUUCUCAGCAAUUUGUUGCAUAAUUUUCAGAAAUCCUUAUCUUUUCUAGUUGGGUAAUGCUCUUGAAUCUCAAUUUGUUGCAAAAUUUUCAAUUUAUUGUAGAUGUUCUAGUUGGGUAAUGCUCCUGGAAUCUCAAUUUGUUGCAGAGUUUUCAAUUUAUUGUAAAUUUUCUAGUUGGGUAAUGCUCUUGGAAUCUCAAUUUGUUACAAAAUUUUCAAUUUGUUACUUCACAAUUUGGUUUGCAAUUUGCUUCAGGACCUGGUUUUCAAUUUGUUGCAGAAUUUUCAGUAAUUUGUGAUGAAUUUUCAUUUUUUCAAAGUUUAUAGUGUAGCCGUGGGAAUUACUUGAGAUAUCUGUAAUGACAAAGGGUUUGUUUCAUUAUUGAAUUGAUGCUACUAGUACAGUCUGGUCUCAAAACAUUGUGUAUUUUUAUCAAGUUGUGUGGUUGAUCAAAAUCAUCGGAAUUGAAAAUAUUUAGUAAAUUUUCAAUAUCUUG